GUCGAGAAAAGCAGACAGCCCAGUGCAUUUUUGAGGUGGUGACAGCUUUACGAGUGAAGCUUACUCUUCAUGCUCGCCACGAUGUGAAACUGUUGAAACUAGGAACGUCAAACUUUGUCGAGAUAAGUUGCAGUACUACGACUACAUCUUCCUCUACUAGUACUCAAGAAGGGGAGGGACAUGCAGUGAAUAGAAGGAUAUCGUCUAGUGCCUUCACGACUUCCUUCAAGCCAACUUCUAGUAAGACACCAUCAGAACAUCAAGCGUUACAGCCUCAAAGCAACGGGGAAAGUAGAGAGCAAAAAUCCUCAGCCACGUUGAUAUCGAGAAAGGCGUCCAGGGUGCGGAAAGAGAGCAUGUACAUGAUGAAGCGUUUCAGUCUAGAUUCCUCAGCUAGCGGACUGGCAUUGAUUCGUCGCCAGCUUGGCAUGGAUGACGAGAAGAAUGUAUUGCAUAUCCCGGAAGAGAGCGAGUUUUCUCUGGCGAUUCGUCUCCACGAGAGAGAUUUGACUGAUCUCUUCAUCUCCCGCAUCUUGGAAAACGGGUUCACGCGGGAGUCACUGGCGCUGGUGUGGCACUCGUUGCCUGCGUUGUUGAACUGGAUUCCAACGGAGGCUGAAAAAUUGCUGGAAGCCUUCGUGGUGGAUCCGCCGUUUCACGUACCAGAAUUGAAGGCGUACCUGAAUCCGGCAAGCCGUCUUAUCAGCAAAGGAACCGAAUACUUCGGAUACCAGAUUAACUUAUGGAACAAAUAGGCAGGCACAAGACGAGGGUCUGUCAUGUUUGCGUAAUCCUAAGAGUGUUGAAGACACCUCCUGCGUCGAACUAUCGUUUCUCUUCGUCCCGAUUGUCCUGCUCUUUUUUAUCGACACUUGUUUCCUCUCUCAUCCCCCUCACCACCAUCCCCUGGCUUCAUUCCCGGUCUGGCAAGAUUACCUCGAAGGGCAGGAAAAUGGCGAUAAUGCUGCUUUAGAACCCAUGAUGGCGAAGGUUGUAGCGAUCCCUGAAAUGGUGUCUGGCGAUGGCGGUGAUGGCCAAGGACUUCUCACGUUGUUGAUGGAACACAACGCGCCCUCUAGUUUCUACGCUAGUACCCCGGCUCGGAUUUUGAUUGACUACAAGUGGGAAACAUUCGCAAGGGAUGAAUUGCAAAUGUACUUCGUCAGCUACGUCAUUUUCCUGGCGAGUUACACGAUUUUCGCGCUGCAACUUCGUGAACGCGAGUCCGCGUACAAGUUUGGAGUCUUGGGUGCAGAAUCCGGGAAGGGAUCGAUGGACACUUUGGAGCACUAUUUUGCUUGGGCAACGACUUUGAUUUUCUUCGCAUUUUGCAGUACGUAUCGCUAUCUCGACGCCAGGUUUUUAGGCGCGUUGGCGAGUCCAGUUUCAGCUUUUUUCCCAAGUAGUUUGAAUAGCAUGUCUGAGUACAUAACUUCUAGCAGUUGUUGGUCUUGCUUGUUUCGCGGGUCAGAUGCUGACGACGCCAAUAGCGACGAAGACGGCGAUCACGACAGUGAAGAGGAAGAAUUGUCUUUGCUCCAUUCAGCAGCUGGCGGUGGUUCACAAUUCUCUGGCUUUUUCUCCCCCUCGUCCUCUACCAUGCUGUUGUUGAAACGUCACGCAGCCUUGUGGCUUCCUCUAGUUUUGUUUUUUGGAGGAGGCGUCGCGAUGCCAUUGUUGUACAAUCGGCCGGAUUUACUGAACACGAUUGUUCUGACGGUGAUCCUGUGCUACACGUUGCGGUCUGUAGUCGACGAAGGGAAGGAAUUGAGCCAGAAAUCGCCCAGCGCAUACUUCUUCUCGGUGUGGAACAUGUUCGACAUUGUUCUGGUAAUACUCAACGUCCUCACGUUUAUUGCGUACCUCGAUGCAGCAGGACACAUUAAGGCUACAACAAGAUGAAGGACGUUUUGUUCGUUAGUAUCUAAAUCUAUGCGAGCAGUAAACAAGAAAGUAUUGAUGUGGUUUCGUCCCAGAAAUUACCGGUGUAGGAGAGCCUCUUUUCUGCUAAUGUCAUCAUGCCUCUUCCUACCUCUAACCACCCCGUCGCCUUUCUCACGAAGGACUACCUGAUUACCGGUGUAACGAUUUCCGUCUUGAUGGCCUGGAUGAAGCUUUUUUACUUCUGCCAGCCCUUCCGCAACAUAGGUUCUUUUAUCCGCAUGCUCAUCGAAAUUUUCGUGGAUAUCCGAUACUUCCUCAUCGUGGUGUCCAUUGCAUUACUCGGAUUUGGAACAGCGUUCUAUGUGCUGUAUAAGGACGACCCCCAACCGUAUCCAGAUAGAGCAAAAACACUGCUGUCGGUGUACGUUACAAUGCUUGGUUAAGGCACGACCUUCACAACAUUUUUUUUCCGUUCUGCAUGUUGUUUUAUCAACACUAUUUUUACCGGAAGAAGUAGCACCAGCAGUGAGUGUCACCGGAAGGAAUACCAAUAACAUUCUAGGAACAAAGGGAAUGGGAAAGGUAUAAGUUAAUGCAGAGAAAACAAUAGAACGCAUCUUUCAGCGCUAUACUCGAUUCAAGUUGUAGUUCACUUUGGUUCUGUGUAAGGACACAUCUCUCUAACACCCCGAUUGGAACGUCGAGCAUUUCACCGACACUCAGCAUCCGCUGCUGGCCACCAUCCUGUUCUGCAUCUUCACCUUCGUCAUGGUGAUCAUUCUUUUCAACCUGCUCAUUGCUAUCAUGUCCGACACUUUCGAGCGAGUCAGGGAGAAUGAAGGUACUGAUGCUGUUCACACACAUAGCCUACUCCUCCUGUUUCUAGUGUGUUUCGAACAAUGUGAAAGUUUCGUAUUCAUUUUCAAGUUGAAAUCACUAAAUUUUUGAUUUUGUCCACUUUUAAUUGAAUUCAUUUCCUGAUUAGCAGGAACGAUUUGACCUCAUCUCAUGAUUGCACAUCGACAGAAAAAACUGCAACUUGACUUCAAGCGAUGACAAUUUGCUGUAGUAUGCCAUUCGUCGGGAAGAUCUAUGGCCUAUUCUGGCUGUAGAAACUCCAAGAAUUAUCUUAGCAUCGUCAAAAGUUUUAGAAUUCCGUCUUUUCUUACGAUAUGAUCCUCCUCAUUUUUCCUUUCCCCAGCAGAAGGAUUUCUCCGAGUCCACGUCUCCUAGUACGUCCCUCGCCCCAAUCGGAUCAGAAAACACGUUAUUUCCUCUCACUCAGAAAACACGUUUCUUCGCACGAGAGCGGAUAUGAUAUGCGAUUUGCAGAAGUUGAGCUUUCGCAAAAUCAACUACCUACCGUGGGUUCAUGCAUUGCUGCCAGCAGAGAAGGACGCUAGUGGGCACAAGAGUCAUUGGAAGGGUAAACUGGGAGAAAUCAAAGACUUGAUCAAGGUUAUGGUCCUACUUGUAGUACUAGUCUAAAGGAAACACAAAUCAGCGCCCUCAACAUCACUAGUAAUUAAUGUGGCGGAGCACUUACUGUGUUGUACUACCAACUUAAUCGUCUUGAGUCAACAGGGGGGUACAUCACCAAUUACCCCUCACCAUCCACCCAUCAAAAUCCAUCAUGAAUCAUCCUUUUCAGACUCAACGAUCAUAAGUAGCUCCUCGUCCGUUUUCUUCUCCUCUUUUCAUAGCAAGCUUGAAGCAGGACUUCGCUAGAGACUUGGAGACACAGCUGCAGGAGUUGGAGGAAAAUUUGCGAUUUCAUGAAGAGCGUGGCCCCAAAAGCCUGGGAGGCGGAGCCGGGAAAGGUGCGAAGAAAAAGAUUAUCGGGAAAAACGCGAAGAAUCAUCAUGGUGGUGGUGUGAGAUUUUACUAGGAGCCUACUAGGCCUAACUUCCUCUACUAUUUUCCUUGUAAGUACUAGUCGUAUUCGUAGUUGGAGGGCAAGUCUGGCAACCAGCUAUUGUAAUUUCAAUCCUUUUAGCUCGAUUGAUUCGUUUCUUGGAAGGAUGCAGUUCUUGUUGUUGUUCUAAUGAUGGAGAAUCAGUUGUUGAUAUUCAGAUUCAUAGUGCAUGACUACUUACAAAUUUGUUUGAAUUGAAUACUUGUACACCGACUGGUGGAUACUAGAAGCAAGAAAAGAUGAUAGAUGAACACAACAGCAACAACAACUGCAUUUUUGUGUAUUUUUACAAGGCGUAUGAAUGCGAUGGACAGAUAUUCAAGAAAUUCAAACUGGUGAUACAAAGACGAGAUAGAAAGACUGAAAUUUGAAUUCGAUUCAUCAUGUACAGAUCGUAUUCGCAUUGUUGAAGAUUUCCUGGCUAAGAAUCCUGACAAGAGAAGUACGAUGAAAUACAGCAUGAAAUGUUGCAACUGCAAGAUGUUGAACAUUUCUUUCCUGACCGAGAGUCUGCACUAUAUCAACGAACACUGCAGCCUGCUCGAUGUUUGAGUGUAUCCUUGUAGAGAACAGACCUAUGAAACUGGAACAAGUGGCUAGCACAUGACUUUUACCGAUGAAAUUUUGUGGACAGCGGCAAAC